AGCCUGUGGCUCUUACAGCAUGUCCCGAGGGUGCCGCAUGUGAGCUCAGGGUUGGCGAAUGCCCAGGGGAUGCCAUCAGAAAGCCCUCUCCGUGAGAGUGCCCCGCCCCUCCUGGAGGCCCAUAAAAGCCCCAGGUCCGGGGCUCCCUACCACCUGCCUCCUCCACCCCCUGCACGAGCCUACCUCAGGCGCUGCUCUCGCCGGCCUUCCUUGCCGCCAUGUCUCGGCAGUCCACUGUCACCUUCCAGACCGGCAGCCGCAGGGGCUUCAGCACGGCCUCAGCCACCACCCCAGCAGCCGGCCGCUCCCGCUUCAGCUCCGUCUCUGUGGCCCGCUCCACCGGGGGCAGCGGGGGGCCGGGAAGGGUCAGCAGUGCUGGGGUCGGCUUCGGAAGCCGCAGCCUCUACAACCUGGGGGGGCCCAAGCGGGUCUCCAUCAGUGGGUGCGGCAGCAGCUUCCGAAGUGGCUUUGGUGGCAGGGCUAGCAACGGGUUUGGGGUCAACAGUGGAUUUGGCUAUGGGGUUGGAAUUGGAGGGGGCUUUGGUGGCCCUGGCUUCCCUGCCUGCCCCCCUGGAGGUAUCCAAGAGGUCACGGUCAACCAGAGUCUCCUGGCUCCCCUCAACCUGCAAAUUGACCCCACCAUCCAGCGGGUGAGGACCGAGGAGCGCGAGCAGAUCAAGACCCUCAACAACAAGUUCGCCUCCUUCAUCGACAAGGUGCGGUUCCUGGAGCAGCAGAACAAGGUCCUGGAGACCAAGUGGAGCCUCCUGCAGGAGCAGGGCACCAGGUCCGUGAGGCAGAACCUGGAGCCCCUCUUUGACGCCUACAUCAGUGACCUCCGGCGGCAGCUGGAAAGCAUCACCAACGAGAGGGGCAGGCUCGAGGCUGAGCUGAGGAACAUGCAGGACACCGUGGAAGAUCUCAAAGUCAGGUAUGAAGAUGAAAUUAACAAGCGCACGGCUGCUGAGAAUGAGUUUGUGGCCCUGAAAAAGGACGUGGAUGCUGCCUACAUGAACAAGGUGGAGCUGGAGGCCAAGGUCAAAUCUCUGGCCGAUGAGCUCAACUUUCACCGUUUGGUCUUUGAGGCGGAGCUGUCCCAGAUGCAGACCCAGGUCAGCGACACAUCCGUGGUGCUCUCCAUGGACAACAACCGCAACCUGGACCUGGACAGCAUCAUCGCCGAGGUCAAAGCGCAGUACGAGGACAUCGCCAACCGCAGCCGGGCUGAGGCUGAGUCCUGGUACCAGACCAAGUACGAGGAGCUGCAGGUCACCGCGGGCAGGCACGGCGAUGACCUCCGCAACACCAAGCAAGAGAUCUCUGAGGUGAACCGCAUGAUCCAGAGGCUGAGAGCUGAGAUCGACAGUGUCAAGAAGCAGUGCUCCAGCCUGCAAACGGCCAUCGCUGACGCAGAGCAGCGUGGAGAACUAGCCCUCAAAGAUGCACGGGCCAAGCUGGUGGACCUUGAAGAGGCCCUGCAGAAGGCCAAGCAGGACAUGGCCCGGCUGCUGCGUGAGUACCAGGAGCUCAUGAACGUCAAGCUGGCCCUGGACGUGGAGAUCGCCACCUACCGCAAGCUGCUGGAGGGCGAGGAGAGCAGGCUGAGUGGAGAAGGAGUUGCUCCAGUUAACAUCUCUGUGGUCACCUCCACCGUUUCCAGUGGCUACGCCGGUGGCAGCAGCAUUGGAGGCGGAAGCCUGGGAGUCGGUGGGGGCAGCAGCUACUCCUUCACCACCAACGGCGGGCACAGCCUAGGCGCAGGCCUGGGGGGCUCUGGCUUCAGUGGCAGCAGCAGCCGGGGCCCGGGGGGCAGUGGCUCUAGUGUCAAGUUUGUCUCCACUACGUCCUCCAGCCGGAAGAGCUACAAACACUAAGGGCAGCCACCCAGCCCCCUCAGCCCUGUCUCGAGGCCUGUUUGUACUCACACCUGGACACCUGGGGCCCUCUCCUUGCCUCCCCUCCCUACAGCGCACCUGUGCUGCUGGGAAGCCUGGCGUCCUGGCGACACCCCCUUCCCUGGCUUGAGCCAGCCUCUGUCUUCCCGGCAGCAUCUCUCUGCGCUGCAUAUCCAAAACCAAAGCCCGCUCCGUCUCCAGGCACACAUUCGGCCUGUCUUGCAAGGCCCAGGCAGCCUGGAAACUCCUCCUCGGCCCCCCCCUCUCCCUCCCUCCCCCCAGAUGCAGAGAUGGGGAGUCUGUGUCUCCAGAGCCACCUCAAUGGUGUCUAUCACCCCAUCCACCUCACGGUGCUUAUAAGCUGCCUCCUUGGCAUGCCUGUUCCCUCUGUCCCCUCCCUGGCAUUUGUGCAUUAAAGGUGUGUGUCA